AUGAGCGAUAAGGAUGUUCGUAACAUGCAUCAAAUACACGUCAACUUAAAUGCCAAGGUGAUCGAGAUGGUUGUUACUCAUUCUCCAACCUUGAUCGAAGGUGCUGCUGUGGUAAUUGAGAGAAAUUUUGUCUUCGUGAAGAACAAUUGUGAUCGAGUUACUGUAGAUUGUGUUUAUGAAGGUUGCGAAUGGCGUAUCCAUGCUUCUCGCCUUGGGAAUGGUGAAAAAUUUGCAAUUAAAAAAAUGCACUAUAACCACACAUAUGGAGGAGGGUUGCAAGUGCGGUCUCAUCCAAAGGCUUCAAAACGUUGGAUAUCGAAAAUUGUUAAAGAUCAACUUCAAGAUAUGCCGUUAUAUAAGCCGAGUGAUAUUGUAAAUGAUAUUCGUCGACAAUAUGGUGUUGAAUUGCCGUAUCAUCAAGCUUGGCAUGGUAAGGAGGUGGCUAUGAUGGAUCUUUAUGGUAAUAGCUGGCUAUCUUAUGAGCGGAUUCGCUGGUAUUGCGAUGCCAUUCUUCAGAUCAACCCCGACAACAUUGCAGAGUAUGAAACAAUUGAAGGUCGAUUCAGACGUCUAUUAAUUUAUUUUCAUGCUUCACUAAUGGGUUUCAUAAAAGGAUGUCGUCCUCUGAUUUUUAUGGAUGGCAUAUUUAUAAAGCAUAAGGAUGGAGGUGUACUGCUUGGAGCCACUUCCAAAGAUGGAAAUGAUGAUAUGUUUCCUAUAGCUUAUGAUGUUGUAGAUACAGAAAGUGAUGAAAAUUAG